AUGGAUGCAACCACCGGCACCGAUCAAACCGGUAAAAGGUAUUGGCACAGGGUCGAGGACAACUAUUGUAGGAUCAAGCCGAAGAAUUGUGGGUUCCUCUCUCGCAGUUACCGGUCGCUUCAAGGCCGGUGGGAUUUGAUGAAGCCCGCUUGUGCUCGUUGGAGUGCGGCCAUGGACCAAGUGAGGGAUGCACCACCUAGUGGAACCGUGGAGAGUGACUAUGAGACAAUUGCCGGCAUGAGGUACAAGGAGAUGGCCGCUUCCAAGGGCAAGCCAUUCCCAUUUAAGCAUGCUUGGGCAAUUCUUCAAACCUUUGACAAGUGGAAGUUGAGGGAUCAAGAGACCGCACCCAAGAAGUCGGCAAUGCUUAGGAUGGAUGAUAGUGAAGAUGAGGAGAAGGAGAGGAACUUGGGCAAGCCCGAGGGAACCAAGAAGGGCAAGCAAAGGGUGAAGAUGGAAGGAGAGGCAUCAAGCCUAAGGGAGAAGAUGGAGCAAAUGAUGAAGGCAAGAGAGGAAUUGACUAGGAAGACAUUAGAGAACAAGAUUCUUAUCACCGAGAAGAAGAAAGAGGUCAAGCUUGCACAAGUUGAAGCAAAACGUGAAGAAGCAAAGCACAAGGCCGACAUGGAGGAGAGGAUGAUCAAGCUCGCCCUUCACGAGGACGGGGUGGUAGAACGGAUCGAGGGAGGAAAGAAACGGGCUCAGGAAAAUCGGUUCCUAGCUUCGUUCGUGGGUCUUCCUGCCCUCGCGAGGAGUCGUGGCUGUGCUCGGUUCGGUUCCCUGGGUGCGGCCGAGUCCAUCUCGUGGUUGAGUUGA